AUGAGACUCGGCGGCGUGGAAUACUUUGAGACUCCUGACGAUGCAGCCGCAUGUCCUGAAGCACACGUUUACUUUCUUGGCUCUCAGAGGGAAGUCCUCCUAUCCCAGCAGGUGAACAUCACAAACUCGUCUACCACUUGCUCUUCCAAGCUGUUGCAAGCCAUUUCCUUGCCGGCAGGCCUUGACGCCACCUACGCCAAGAUAACUUUCUUGUGCGGCAACGACGACGACCCCAGCUGCCAGAUGAUCCGGCUUCUGCCACCAGAUGCCUCGUAUUCAGCUGCAAAACUGCCUUUGGCAAUGACAAGAACAUGUCUCGAGUCGAGCAUCACGACGGCUGCCUCCUUACCAUCGGACGCUACCGGUACUGCAAGCGUUUCGUGGAACGGCACUUCACCCACGACCGUGGCC